CAAAAAAAUAGGAGAUUAAAAAUAAUAAAAUGGUAGACAUAAUCCACCCAUAUCAGUAAUUUCACUUACUUCAGCGGAAUAAACGUUGAUUCAGUGCAUAAAGACAGAUUGACUAAAAGUAAAUGCCAAAAGAUACACCUUUCAAACAGCAUAAGAAGGCUGGAGUGGCUAUAUUCAUAUUAGAUAAAGUAGAUUUCAAGAUAAAGUAUAUUGCCAGAAUUAAGGCAGUUCUUUCAUAAUAAUAAGAGGGUCAGUUCAUCAGGAAGACAGUCAUAAAUAUGUAUGUGCCUAAUAUCAGAGCUUCAAAAUACAUGAAACAAAAAUGGAUACAAUUAAAGGAAGAAAGAGACAACAAUCACAGUGAUUUUAACAAUUUUCUCAACAAUUGAUAGACAUCUAAACAGGCAAAAAAAUCAGUAUAGAUGAUGAUUUCCACCCAACAACUACAGAAUACAUUUUGUUCCCCAAAGGUAUGUAUAGGCCAGAUGCUUGUCUAUAAAUCAAGUCUUAAUAAAUUUAAAAGGGUUGAAAUACUACAGAAUAUUUUCUUUGACCAUAAUGGGAUUAAAGUAGAAGUCAAGAUGUCAAACAGAACCCUGCAAAUACUUGGAAAUUCAGUGAAACUGGUAAAUCGAUGAGUCAAGGAAGAAAUUGUAAGAGAAAUCAGUAAAUAUUUUGAACUGGAUGAUGAAAAUACAACAUCUAAAUCUGUGGGAUAACUGUUAUAGCCAAGAAGAACCUAAGGAGACAUGAUGAUUAAACGUAUGUGGGAUCCUUGUUGAAAUUCUGGAAGAGAAAAAGAAUACUAGGUGAAAAAAGAGGAAACAAAGUAUGGACUUAAUAAUAAUAUAUCAAUAUUGAUUUAUUAAUUGUGACAAAUUAUACUAAUAUGAGAUGUGAAUAAUACAGGAAAAGGGGUGGGCUAUAUGGAUACUCUCCUGUUUUUUGCAACUUUUCUGUAAAUUUAAAACUAUUAUAGUUUAUUUAAAAGCGCUAAAAUAUUUGUAGGACACAGCUAAUGCAGUUCUUAGAGGGAAACUUAUAACUUAAACACCUUUAGAAAAGUAAGGUUUAAAGAUAAUGAAUGAGCUAAAUAAAGUUCUACCUUAAGCUAGUAGAUGAAGAGCAAGGUAAACCCAAAGUAGAUAGAAGGGAAGAGAUAAUAAAGACAAUAGAAGAAAUCAGUGAAAUAGAAAAAGACAACCAAUAGACAAAAUUACAAAGCCAGGGUUGGUUCAUUGAAAAAAAUCAACAAUAUUGAUGAACCACUUGAUAGACUGAUAAUGAAAAACAGAGAUAACACAGAUUAGUAGUAUCAGAAAUGAAAGGGAUCACUACAGAUCCUGUAGGAUAAUAAGGGGAUAUUAUAAACAACUUUAUGCCAACAAAUUUGACACUAUAAAUGGACAGUUUCUUAAAUGUCAAUGUACUAAAAAUGUCAGUGUGCUAAAAUCUGAAUAAGCCUAUAUUAAAGAAAUAGAAUUAAUGAAAAAAGGGUUUCACUGAUGAAUUUUAUCAAGUAUUUAAAGAAGAAAUAACAUCAGUCUUACAUAAACUUUCAGAAAAUAGACAAAAGGGAAACACUCAUUUCACGAGGCCAAAACCUGAUAAAGGUAUUACAGAUUGAAAAGAAAAUUACAGGGACUUACCUGGUGGCUCAGUGGUUAAGAAUCCACCUGCCAGUGCAGGGGACAUGGGUUUGAGCCCUGGUCCGGGAAGAUCCCACAUGACUCAGAGCAGCUAAGCCCGUGCGCCACAAUUACUGAGCCUGCGCUCUAGAGCCCGCGAGCCACAACUACUGAAGCCCGUACGCUUAGAGCUGGAGCUCUGCAACAAGAGAAGCCACCACAAUGAGAAGAAGCCCGUGCACCGCAACAAAGAGUAGCCCCCGCUCGCUGCAACUAGAGAAAGCCCACACGUAGCAAUGAAGACCCAACGCAGCCAAAUAAAAAUAACAAAUUAUUAAAAAAAAAGAAAAUUACAGAACAGUGUGUCUUAUGAACAUAGACCCAAAAAAUUCUAGGCAAAAUAUUAACAAAUCAUAAUACAUCAUGACUAAGUGACCAAAGAUAGAUGGAUAGGUAUCUGAUAAAGCAAGUACUGUAGAGUAAAAUGGUAACCAUAGAAUCAAGGUGGUGGGUAUAUGCGUAUAUGGUAAACUGGGUGUGGGAUAUUCACUAUAAAAUUCUUUAAAUAUUUCUGUUUGAAAUUUUGCAAAAUACAAUAUAGGGAGAAAAAUAAAGGGAAUAUUAUGAUCAGGUUUGCAUUUUAAAGAGAUUACUUCUGCUGUUGUAUAAGGAAUUAGGAAAGUACAGUAUUACCUGAGAGUAGUUUGAGAGGGGGUGCUGAGACCACUUAGGAGGAUAUUAUACAGGUAUACUUUUUAGGCUGAUAAUUUCAAGGUGAGUUUGGGAAGUUUUUCAAGCUCUUGGAAUACUGUACUUUUGAACAAGAGCUAAUUUUGUCUAAGCAUAUUUUUUACUGUAUUGCUGGGAUUUGGGAUACAUCAUUGCCACAUGUACAGUAUGCAUGUGAGCUUUUGACUUUCGACAUUUACAAGGAUAUGAGAUUUUUGCAAAUUCCAAAAUUUGCAAAUACCACUACUUUAGUAGCAUAUAAAUUCCUUCUUAAAAUCUAAUAAAAUAUAUGGUGACCUUUUCAGAGACUUAAUGAUUUUUUAAAUACAGGACAAAGGCAUUUAGAAAGCUGUUAACAUAAAUUAAAACUGCUAAAAUAAAUGCUUUACUGUAAUACUGUGGUAUGGUCACCCAUGAACUUAAAAGAUUCUAUAAAAAGAAGAAAUAGUGAAAAUGAUUGUUAUUAUAGUCAUACUUGUAUAAAGUGGAUGAAGAUUAUUGAAUGUACUGUUAGCAAUAAGAUGCACGGAGAACAGCAAAGCUUUUUGAGAAGAAUAGUGAGCAGUUAGUAAGGCUCACUCAGCUUGCAUUGAUUGUAGUUCAUGUCAUAGAAUUUUACAUUACUAUGUGGAUCUUUGGGGUUGCUUGGAAAUAUAUAUAAAUGAUAUGUUGAAUACAGGAAUGCCAACUUUUUCAACUGUUAAAUGCAACAAGCUACCCAGUUAAACUUUUAAAACAGUGUAUAAGCUAUCUUUGGGCUUAUGACUUACUCUGUUAUAUGAUGACAACUUUUGCUAGUAUUUUGCUAGUAUUUUUAUUACCUUGUUAGAGUUGGCAUUAUCCCAGUUUCUUUCUCAGUUAUUUUUCCCUCUAGGACAUAAUGCUUCCAAGUAAAGUAAAGUAUUGGAACCUGACCAUAGUUCUGAUUCUGAGGUAUGACGUUGAGUGCUUCAGAUCUGGUCACUAUGGCACGAGAACGAAAAUGCAUAUUGUGCCACAUUGUGUACAGCUCAAAAAAGGAGAUGGACGAACACAUGCGGAGCAUGUUGCAUCACAGGGAACUUGAGAACCUGAAGGGCAGGGACAGUAGUCAUGAGUGCCGAGUGUGCGGGGUCACAGAAGUGGGUCUUUCUGCGUAUGCAAAGCACAUUUCUGGCCAAUUGCACAAAGAUAAUGUUGAUGCCCAGGAAAGAGAAGAUGAUGGAAAGGAAGAAGAAGAGGAAGAUUAUUUUGACAAGGAACUCGUUCAGUUAAUAAAACAAAGGAAAGAACAAAGUCGGCAAGAUGAACCUUCCAAUAGCAGCCAAGAAAUAAACUCUGAUGACAGGCGAUCCCAACGGAGACGAGAAGACCGAAUUCCUUACCAAGACAGAGAGAGCUACAGUCAGCCAGCAUGGCAUCAUCGUGGACCUCCUCAGCGGGACCGGAAAUGGGAGAAAGAUGGCUAUAAUACUACUAGGAAAAACAGCUUCCCACAUUCUUCGAGGAGUAGUGGUGGAUCAAGAGGAUGUUCUGGGUGGCAUAAGGGUGUUGCAGGAGGCUCCUCAACUUGGUUUCACAGCCAUAGUAAUUCUGGAGGUGGUUGGCAUUCAAAUAGUGGAAUGGUAGAUUGGAAUCAUAAUGGUACAGGAAGGAAUUCCAGUUGGCAUUCUGAAGGAACAGGUGGCUUUUCCAGUCGGCAUAUGAACAGCAGUAACGGAAACUGGAAAUCCAGUGUACGUAGCACAAAUAGUUGGAAUUACAGUGGCCCCGGAGACAAAUUUCAACCAAGCAGAAACAGAAAUUCUAACUGUCAAAUGGAAGAUGUGACUAUGCUAUGGAACAAGAAAUCUAAGUCAAACAAAUAUAAUCAAGAGAGAUAUAAGUGGCAGCGGCAAGAAAAUGACAAAGUUGGUGCAGUCACCACAUACAGAGGUCCUUCUGAAGGAUUUACAAGUGAUAAGUUUUCUUCAGAGGGCUUACUUGACUUCAAUUUUGAGCAUCUGGAAAGCCAAGCCACUAAACAAACAGAUACCUUAGCUUCCAAAAUUGGUGGGAAGAAUGGCAGUGUGGCAAGGGAAAAGCUCCGUCGCUGGACUCCUUACCCUUCCCAGAAGACUCUGGAUUUACAAUCGGGAGUGAAAGAAGUCACUGGUAACAAGUUGGAAACGAUAGAUAAUGAUUUUAGCUUGAUAACCACAGGAAUACAAGAGCCCCAAACUGAUGAAAGAAAUAAUUCUCCAACACUGAAAACGCAAAAAGAAACACAUACUAGAUCUCUUAAUCACAAAGCCACUUCUGACUGCACUGCUUCCUAUGAGGUAGUGAGAGAGGGCCCCAUUGUAGAAAAACCUGAACAAGAGCAUACCUUAAAUAAGAUGCCAUUGCUAAAAUCCCCACUCCUUCCAAUUCCAGUCACUAAAUCAGCUCCUCAAAAGCAAGAUUCAAAGAAUCCCUCAAAAAACACCAAAACGAAUUCUUUUUUUCCUGGAGAACACUCAAACCCCUUGAACAAACCCACAGUGGAAAAUAAUCAGGGUUCUUACAUAUCCAAAUUGCGAAAUUCAGGUCCUCGUGUUUUAAAAGGGCAUAAAAGUACAUUUGGAACUCACAGGGAACCUGAUGAAAAUUUAAGUGAUACGUUGCAAAAAGCCAAAGAUGUGCUAGAGUGUAAUGAGUCAUUGCAAAAUCCACUUCUUAGCGCUUCUAAAAGGACCAGGAAUUAUGCAAAAGCAAGUAGGAAUGUAGAAGAGUCUGAAAAAGGAUCUUUGAAGAUUGAGUUUCAAGUAGACGCAUUAGAAGAUGAAAGUGAUGGAGAGAUAUCUGAUGCAGAAAAGGAUGGAACAAAAAUUGGAACCCUGGGUUCUGCAACUACAGAAGUUUUAUCCUGCAGUACUCAUGCUGCUGAUGAGAAAAGGGGGGAUGAGCAAAACCUGAAAACAUCUAGAAAACCAUCCACUUCCCCAUGUAACUCAACAGUUCACCAGAAAGAAUCUGAGUUACAAAUGACAUCUGUAGCCAGCCCACACUCUGACUUACUGCUAGAUUUGAAAACCUCUCUAGAAGAUGCACAGGUUGAUGACCCUGUUAAAUCUCAUGUAUCUUAUGAAACAGAAGGCUUUGAGACUACUAGCUUGGAUGCUGAGCUUCAAAAAAACGAUAUAGGUCAGCCCUCAGGCCCUCUCCUGCCUGAACUAAGUAAGCUUGGCUUUCCUGCCUCACUCCAGAGAGAUCUAACCCGUCACAUUAGCUUGAAGAGCAAAACUGGAGCACACCUUCCUGAGCCAAACCUCAACAGUGCUCGCCGCAUCCGCAAUAUCAGUGGUCAUCGAAAGAGUGAGACAGAGAAGGAGUCUGGGCUCAAGCCAACCCUCCGGCAGAUUCUAAAUGCAUCUCGGAGAAAUGUCAACUGGGAACAGGUCAUUCAGCAAGUAACCAAGAAAAAGCAAGAGCUAGGCAAAGGCUUACCCAGGUUUGGCAUCGAAAUGGUGCCUCUAGUUCAAAAUGAACAAGAGGUCUUGGAUUUGGAUGGGGAGCCUGAUCUGUCCAGUCUAGAAGGAUUCCAGUGGGAAGGUGUUUCCAUUUCUUCAUCCCCUGGGUUGGCAAGGAAGCGAAGCCUUUCAGAGAGCAGUGUGAUCAUGGACAGGGCUCCUUCUGUGUUUAGCUUCUUCAGUGAGGAAGCUACAGGCAAAGAAAAUGAGCCCCAGCAGAUUUUUUCACCUAAUAACUCAUUGAGGUCUGCACAGAGUCAAAAAACAACCAUGGGCCUUAAGCAGGAAAUGACACCUCUAGCUGCCUCCCUAAGAACAGGUGAAAGAGCUGAAAAUGUUGCUACUCGAAGGCGACAUAGUGCUCAAUUAUCAUCUGACCAUACGAUACCUUUGAUGCAUUUGGCAAAAGACCUGCACAGCCAGGAGAGCUCUACACCACUUUCAGAGAAUCACAAUGCCCAGGAGAGUAAUGGAGAAGGAAACUCUUUAUCAUCAAAUGCAUCCUUAGCCCUUGCAAUCUCCAGUUUGACAGAUGCAGCCACAGACAGUAGCUGUACUUCUGGUGCUGAACAAAACGAUGUCCAGAAUAUUAGAAAGAAACGAAGAGCCACUGGAGAUGGAUCUUCUCCUGAACUCCCAAGUCUUGAGAGAAAAAAUAAAAGAAGGAAAAUUAAAGGAAAGAAAGAACGUUCUCAGGUUGACCAGCUGCUGCAUAUUUCUUUAAGGGAGGAAGAACUAAGCAAAUCAUUGCAGUGCAUGGAUAACAACCUUCUGCAAGCCCGUGCAGCUCUUCAGACAGCUUAUGUUGAAGUUCAGAGGCUACUUAUGCUCAAGCAGCAGGUAAUAACUAUGGAGAUGAGUACCCUGAGGACCCAUAGAAUACAGAUUCUACAGGGAUUACAAGAAACAUAUGAACCUUCUGAGCGUCCAGACCAGGUUCCCUGUAACCUUACACAAGAACAAAGGAACAUUAGAUCUCAAACAUCUGCUGAUGCCACACUGCUGCCUACUUCUUUUUUCCCGGUUUUCCUGGAGGCUUCAUCUUCCCAUGUGUCUCCGUCAUCCACUGGAGCCCCUCUCCAAGGAAUCACAUCUACUUUCCAAGCCCAUGGCAGUGUUCCUGCUCCAGACUCAUCAGUUCAGAUUAAACAAGAGCCCAUGUCUCCUGAACAAGAUGAGAAUGUGAAUGCUGUGUCACAAGGCUCUGCUUGCAAUGUGUCCAAGGAAUUACUGCAAGCUAAUAGAGAGAUCAGUGACAGUAGUCCAGUUUAUCCAGUUAUCACUGCAGCAUUGUCCUUAUCAGAGCUAACAGAGAGAUUCCAUGAGCCUAGCCAAGAACUGAAGUUUUCUGUGGAGCAAGGAAAUACCAGAAACAGAGGGAACAAUCCCUCUUCCCAAUCAGCUGGUCUUCCUAGCAUAAAUAAAGAAGGUGAAGAGCCAAACAGAGGCAACAGCGGGUCUGAAGCCUGUACCAGUUCUUUUCCAAGAUUGUCCUUUGCUUCAGAAACCCCUUUAGAGAAAGAGCCCCACUCUCCAGCUGACCAUCCAGAACAACAGGCAGAGUCCACUCUGACAUCAGCUGAAGCUAGGGGGAACAAGAAAAAGAAGAAACUUAGGAAGAAGAAAACUCUGCGGGCUGCCCAUGUUCCUGAGAACAGUGACACUGAACAGGAUAUAUUUACUGCUAAACCUGUAAGGAAAGUAAAAACUGGAAAGUCCACUAAAGGGGGGAAAGUGACAACCUCCACCUGGGAAGAUAGCAGAACUGGUCCAGAACAAGAGAGUGUCAGAGAUGAACCAGAUAGUGACUCGUCUCUGGAAGUCCUAGAAAUUCCUAAUCCUCAGUUAGAAGUGGUAGCCAUUGAUUCUUCUGAAACUGGAGAAGAGAAACCAGACAGCCCAUCUAAAAAGGAUAUUCGUAACUCCACAGAGCUAAACUCAUUAGAAACUUCUCGCUCUGGUUGUGAUGAAGUUAGCUCUACCAGUGAGAUUGGCACCCGUUAUAAAGAUGGCAUCCCUGUAAGUGUGGCAGAAACUCAGACUGUGAUCUCAUCCAUUAAAGGAUCAAAGAACUCUUCAGAAAUAUCUUCAGAGCCAGGAGAUGAUGAUGAGCCCACAGAAGGGAGCUUUGAGGGGCACCAAGCUGCAGUGAAUGCAAUUCAGAUAUUUGGGAAUUUACUGUAUACCUGUUCAGCAGAUAAAACUGUCCGAGUUUAUAAUCUCGUGAGUCGGAAGUAUAUUGGUGUCUUUGAGGGCCAUACCUCCAAAGUGAACUGCCUCCUGGUUACUCAGACCUCUGGGAAGAAUGCUGCCCUUUACACUGGUUCCAGUGAUCACACCAUUCGCUGCUAUAAUGUUAAGACUCGAGAGUGUGUGGAGCAGUUACAGCUGGAAGACCGGGUUCUCUGCCUCCACAGUAGGUGGCGAAUUCUCUAUGCAGGACUGGCAAAUGGCACUGUGGUCACCUUCAACAUAAAGAACAACAAACGACUUGAAAUCUUUGAAUGCCAUGGCCCUCGGGCUGUCAGCUGUCUUGCCACAGCUCAGGAAGGUGCCCGAAAGCUGCUGGUUGUGGGGUCUUAUGACUGUACCAUUAGUGUGCGUGAUGCACGGAAUGGACUGCUCCUUAGAACUCUGGAGGGCCACAGCAAAACCAUUCUCUGCAUGAAGGUGGUGAAUGACCUUGUGUUCAGUGGCUCCAGUGAUCAGUCAGUCCAUGCCCACAACAUUCACACUGGUGAGCUUGUACGGAUCUAUAAAGGUCACAAUCAUGCAGUGACUGUGGUGAAUAUCCUAGGAAAAGUGAUGGUGACUGCUUGCCUGGAUAAAUUUGUUCGUGUCUAUGAAUUACAGUCGCAUGAUCGAUUGCAAGUUUAUGGAGGACACAAAGACAUGAUUAUGUGUAUGACCAUCCAUAAAAGUAUGAUUUAUACUGGCUGUUACGAUGGCAGUAUUCAGGCCGUGAGGCUGAAUCUGAUGCAGAAUUACCGCUGCUGGUGGCACGGUUGCUCUCUGAUAUUUGGCGUUAUAGAUCAUUUAAAACAACAUUUGCUGACUGACCAUACAAAUCCGAACUUUCAAACUCUGAAAUGUCGCUGGAAGAACUGUGAUGCUUUUUUUACUGCUAGGAAAGGAUCCAAACAGGAUGCUGCAGGACACAUUGAACGACAUGCUGAGGAUGACAGCAAAAUUGAUUCAUGAAGUUUUUUGCCUCCCAUGUUGGGAAGUCUUUAGUUGAACUAAUUUCACAUCAGCCCCUUACACAGGCCAGUGUCUUCCCUUCCCUAGUGGAUCAGGGAAGGAGAGAGUGGUUACUAGCCAGGCUUACCACUAGCAUAAGUCUGGGCAGCUCUAUGGGGUGAUAGGUUACACUUCUAAGUUCUUGCUGGAGGUCUGUCAGAUUUAAACAGAUUUUUAAGGAACCACACUCUUCUGGGACAGCAUGGCUUAUAGUAAUUUAUGCUACUGGUGUUCUCCAGAUGAUUAUUAAAAUACAGAUCUUAAUUGGCUCCCCGGUUUGACCCUAAUCAUAUGUAUAUUUUAUUGAUUUCAGUCGGUGAUUUUUAGUUUCUGUUCUUAUGAUGGUUUAAACCUAUAGGCAGGCUUUUAAGUACAAAUUUGUCCAGUGCUAGAUUUUUAGGAUCAGUUUUAACUUCUCCUUAAUUAUUACAAUCAGUUAAUUGUAACAGCUGGAUAUUUAAAUUGGAAGCAAAUAGUUCCCUUUCUUAACAAUUAUGUACAGUGUGUUUCAGUAUGCUCUUUGUAGAUAGACAGAGCUGGCUUUAAAUGCUAAAGGGACACACAAUAGGUUUUUAACAGUUAAAGUAACUGCUCUGCUGAUUAUAUUUUAGGAACUCAGGCAGCAAAUCACAUAAUGACAAGUCCUUACAGACAGUACUUCCUAUUGAACUUCUGCAGAUUUUGAUAGAGUGCUCAGUUCAAGGCAGUGCAUAGACCUAAUGUCUGCUUGGAAAUCUCACUGUUAGACCUGGGCACUCACUGCAGGUAUUGGCAGGCUGUUCGAACUAGAGGUAUAACCUUUAUCUCUCUUUCCAGCUUCUGACUCUCCAGGCGGGCUGUGGGUUUGAAACCUUUUCAUUUACUUCAUUGCCAAACCCCACUCUUCUAUUCUCUGGCUGUGCCUAGACUGGCAGUAGCCAUCAUAUACUUCCUCUGGGUUCACAGGGUACUUUCCACCCACCCGCAGUACCCAAAUGGGGGAGUCAGGAUAAAGCAUCUGAAUAUAGUUUUCAAGGCCUCAGGCAGGCUUCUUAAAGACCAGUGUCUUGCCUUCAUCUCCCCACUAGCUGGGAAGGGUGGAGUAGGAUGAAGGGAAAGACCCUACCUGUCCAUUGAGAGCAGCCAAAUGAACAAAGCCUUCAUGAGACUGCUUUGUUUUUGGAUUUUCUCUGGACUCUUAAGAGAAGCCGUGGAGGUGUUGCUUUCCAGCCUUUUGUUUCUAGAUUCUCAAAACUCCGAAAGUUUCUACAGAGAGAGAGAGGAAAAGGGAGAAGAGCCCAGCGCCACAUACCAAGCUUCAGAUGUGAUGCCUAUUCUUUCCUAGGACUGCAGAGCAUCCAGGUUUAUCUCCACCCAUCUUAGUGCACACACUUCUACUCACAUGUCUUCACUCAGGCUCUGGGGCAGGGGGACUUCCCCAGGGGUUCAUGGAUAGGUUUCAAGAGGGUAUCCAAACCCCCUGGAAUUGUGUGUAAGACUAAGUAGGUGUUUUUUUCCAGGGAAGCCUCCAGUGGUUCUCACUGGAUCCAAAAAAAACAUUAAGAACUAAUCUAGGAGCUACAUCUAGAUAAUGAAUGGCUCCACAAGCUGUUUACUUCUGUCCUUAUGAAUGGCAGAACUCUUGUGUUGACCACACUAUUGAGAUUUGCAUGAUACUUGAGAGAGAACAGAGAAGAUCCUGUUGCAUAAAGUUUAUGUGUGCUGUUUCUGUCUGAGAGCAAGCAUUCCCAUCUCUCACCCCAUUUCCUGUACAGGUGACCAGAGAAGCUAAGCUGUUCUGUGGGUUUGGGAAUGGUGAUUCCCAGGAAAGUACGUUUGGAUUUAUUGCUAAACCUAGCAUUUUCCUUUGGGCUGUAGUGAACCCACAUUUCCGCGUUGGCUGGGCAGUGUGCUGAGGAAGUCUUGCAUACUCUGUUGCGUAGGUGCCCUUCUGUCCUGCCUGAGGACAUGUCUGAAAAGAUGAGAGUGGUGGAGCCUCUGUACAGCUAGAAGGGGGUAUAUGAGGUGUUGGGCAGUCAUGGGGAACUGUAGGUAUGAACAGACUGAUAGAAUCAGUAAAAACUGAUUUGAUUUUAACUUUCACAGAAUCGUGCACAGUCUGUCUGCCUUUAUGUGUGCAGUUGUGGAUGUUCUUUGUACAUGUGUAUGCGCGUGGGCACCUAUACUUGUAAUACUUUUUCUCAUUUCACAAGAAUUUUCUUUGAAGCCGUGGCAAUAAUGUUUUUGUUUCAAGAAUGCAUAAAAUUCGUUUAACACCAGGUUAGUAUAUUGCCCUCAAUGCACUGUUGUAGCCACCUGUUUAGAAAUAAAGGCACCAUAAGCAUCUUGACUGCUUAUGGUUGUAUGUUAUGACUUUUAAGUGUCUUGAAAGUUAUGCAAAAGUCUUGUUUUAAGUCUUCUACAAUGUCUUGGCUGAUUCUGGCCUUCUGUUCCCCCUCAGAGUAGAGCAGUGGCUCAGGGAUUUGUGUUGGCUCUGAUAUUUAGUACUUAGUUGAGGAAGGCAAUUAUUACAUGACCUGACAAAACACAACUCAUUUCUUAUAAGGAAUUGGAGGCCAUUUUUAGAAUGUUGUUUUUAAUCACUCGUGUUCACCUCUGACAGCUAGAAGACAAGAGAACCAUAGCAUAAAUCCUUUUGUGCGCAUAUGCUCGGGUUUUAAUGGCAGUUUAUUCUGAUGACAUAUCAGUCACUUCAAGUUUUAUCCUGAAGUUUUUAAUCAGGUUCAAAAUUUUGGUAUACGGCUCUACUCAGUAUAAAGCAGUUAAACACAGUACAAAGUUAUCUUGAUCUGAUGUUACUUGAAUUUGAGAGAACGUCAUUGCUAUUACACUUCUGCUUUUGUGGAGAAUUUUUUUUCUGCCUCAGAAGAGUUAGCAGUUGAGUGUUGAGCUCCUGACCUAUCUAUAAUUUAUAGGCAACAUUACUGCCAUUUAAGUGGUUAUUUGCCUAACAAAGGGUUUUUUGUUUUUUUUUCUUUUUGGUAGAUUAUACAGUGCACAACUUUAGUGACUAGGUAUGUGGAUGAUUUGGUGGGAGUAGGUGUACAAAACUUAGCGGAAUGGUAUGGUAUAUUUUAUGGAAGAGAAUUCAUUGGAGGGGAAAUGAAAGUAUAUUGUGAAGUGGGAUUUAAACAGCAUGUACCUUCUGGUUUGCAAUUUAUAUACGCUGUCUUAUAAAUUUUGUUCCUGUUACCUAAAGGAGAACUCCUAAAACUGUUAAGAAGGCCAUGCCUGUCACAUUGUUAAAACAGUGAUUUUAUCCCUGCCCCAAAUCAUCAGAUUCCUCAGGAUUUCAGAGAAGCUGUCUAAUGGUUAGAAUUAGAAGUUGUGGUAGAGAUGAUUUGGGUUAUACUGAGUUCCAUAUACAAGUGGAUGUGAAAUCCUGAUUAAACCAAACCUACUGCUUACCAGACAAUAACCUCUAACCUCACCUCCAACCCCCAAGUAUGUGGCUUUGCUGGGUCACAUGGUGACUAACGUUUCCCAGAUUUCCUCUAAAUUCAAGGUAGUAGCCCAACUGAAUUGGGGGAGGAGGGAGUCAAGGAGGAAAGGCUGUUGAAGAUCUUCCUCCUACUCAAGAGAAAUAUAUGCCCUAGAGCUGUGCCAGCACCCUUGGUGUCUGAUUUUUUUUUUUUAAUUGAAUAUGGGUUAGAAGAAUGAAAUCAGAUGACACUUGACUGCAAAAAUGUUUAUAAGCAAAUAGCUUAGCCUUCUUACAUUUUGGUAUAAAGCUGCGAACUUCCUAACUUUGUAAAGCAAGAUAUAAAGCAAAUAUAAGGGGAAAAUAAAGUACUUUUACUAAUUGUU